AUGUCUAUGUACUCUCAUCGGGGUAUGGGGGCUGUUCCCCCUGGCAACUCGGCGCGCCUCAACGAACUCCUCGACCAAAUCAGGGCCGAAUUUGAAACCCAGCUUCGCCAGACCGAAGGUUUUGAGCACCAGAUUUCCGCUCAAGUCAGCGAGAUGCAGCUGGUCAGGGAAAAGGUGUAUGCAAUGGAGCAGACACAUAUGACCCUCAAGCAAAAAUAUGAGGAAGAAAUCAGCAUGCUUCGUCAUCAACUUGAAAACGCGCGCAAGGGUGGCCCUCAGCCUGGCAUGCCCGGUCCUCCUCAGCAUCCCGGCCCUUCUCAGCAACCCCCGUCAAUUGCUCCCGGAAACGGCCUUUUCAGUGGCAUAAUGGCUGGCGGGAACCAAGCUGGACUGGCACCUCCACAGCAGCAACCGCAUGCUCCUCCGCAAGAGCAGCAGAUGGGACCUCAGCAUCAAAUGGGCCAAGGACCUCCGGGACUUCCUGUUCCUCCGCCGCAUCCUAAUGCGCAACAGCCACCCUACCAGCAAGGCUAUCCUCAGGGACCCGUCUCCAACGGAAUGGGCCCUCAACCGCCUCAGAGCACCGCUUCACCAGGGCCAGGACGACGCGGAGUUGGCCGGCCACCUAAUGCCGUUGGGCCUGCCACACCCCAAAUCAAUACUCCUGUCCCGUAUCCAGGCAAUGCACAAUCACCUCAGGUUAGCCAUCCAACGCCCGAUCACGCUCGCAUGGGCGGUCCUCGAGCUCCUCCUGUUGGCAAUGCAUUGGGUGACCUCGAAGUCGACGCUGUCGCGCCACACAACAAAAAGACGGGCAGUGAUUGGUAUGCCAUCUUCAACCCGGCUGUCCAGCGAGUCUUGGACGUGGACCUUGUCCACUCGCUCACCCAUGAGAGUGUGGUGUGCUGUGUAAGGUUCAGCCAUGAUGGUAAAUAUGUGGCCACCGGCUGCAACAGAUCUGCUCAGAUCUUUGACGUCCAAACUGGUGAGAAGGUGUGCGUGCUGGAGGAUCACAAUGCUCAAGAUAUGACCGCCGAUCUGUAUAUCAGAAGUGUGUGCUUCAGCCCUGACGGCCGCUACCUGGCCACCGGCGCUGAAGAUAAGCUGAUUCGAGUUUGGGACAUUCAAUCUCGAACUAUUCGCAACCAUUUCUCUGGUCAUGAGCAAGAUAUUUAUUCACUCGAUUUUGCACGCGACGGCCGGACGAUUGCAUCUGGCAGCGGCGACCGAACAGUCAGGCUGUGGGAUAUCGAGCAAGGUACCAAUACAUUGACCUUGACCAUUGAAGAUGGGGUCACGACCGUCGCCAUCUCCCCAGACACGCAGUACGUUGCUGCUGGAUCCCUGGAUAAGAGUGUUCGUGUUUGGGACAUUCACUCCGGGUUCUUGGUUGAGCGUUUGGAAGGCCCUGACGGGCAUAAGGACUCUGUCUACUCGGUGGCGUUUUCACCGAAUGGAAAAGAUCUUGUCAGUGGCAGUUUGGACCGAACGAUCAAGAUGUGGGAGCUUAGUUCCGCACGUGGGGGGCAAAGUGCCGCCCCCAAAGGUGGAAAGUGUGUUAAGACAUUUGAGGGCCAUCGCGACUUUGUUCUAUCGGUUGCUUUGACACCUGAUGCCAACUGGGUGUUGUCAGGAUCGAAGGAUCGAGGUGUCCAGUUUUGGGACCCUCGCACUGGUACCACACAGCUGAUGUUGCAGGGGCAUAAAAACUCUGUGAUUUCAGUAGCUCCAAGCCCCCAGGGUGCCUACUUUGCUACAGGAUCCGGCGAUAUGAAGGCGCGAAUCUGGUCAUAUCGUCCAUUUUAA